GCAUGGCAAUCGGUGAAGGAGACGGGGGAGUUCGAUCAAACUCCUGCCGCCCGUUCCGGGCCCGGGGUUGGGGUGGGGGGAGCCCGACUGGACACGGCGAUGAAACCGAGCCGGCGACACAGGGUACCAGGUGUUGAAAUGGAAGGGAACCAACCUUCUGGAGACUUCCCUCUUAUUAAUCCCAGGAAUCCUGUAAACGCAUCAAGCUCUGCGUCAGAAACUCACCUUGAACAGUGGCAUAGUCCUCCAAAAUCUAAGCCUUCACUAGAGAAUGUUAGCUGUUCAAAAUCUAUAGGGGAUUCAAAGAUGAACUUUGGGAAAAUGCAAGAUUUUGCUGCAACAAAUGCAGGAAGAUAUAAAACCUGUCCAACAAAAGCUAUUCAGCCAGUUCCUAUACUGAAUGCUUCUGCGAAAAAUAAUGCAAAUGCAGAUUUGGAGAAUGCCACCAUUCAGAAGCAGCGCAAUGAGUUACAACUGCUUGUUGCAGAACUGAAAGACCGGGACAAAGAGUUAAAUGAAAUGGUGGCAGCACACCAAAAGCAACUUCUGGCAUGGGAGGAGGAUCGACUGAGGAUACUUAGCUUGGAAGAGAGAUGUGCUAAAUUGGAACAUGAAUUGCGAAACAGGAAUGAGAUCAUUAGAUCAUUAGGCGCGCAACAAAAGAUUUUGGAAUCUCAGCAAGCUGAUUGUCUAAAAACACUGACCAGUACCCAGCAACGGCUAAAGGAAAUGUCUGAAAAAGCAGCAGAAGCUGCUAAUAACUGUGAAGAAUUGGAGGACAGGAACAAAACCCUCAAUUCCUCCAAUUUAGAGCUUUCUGCCCAGGUGGGACAGUUACAGGCACGUGAACAGGAGCUCACCACGAUGUUGGAAUUAAAGGACAAAGAUAUGGUUGAAGCCACCAAUCACAUCAUGGAUCUUACAGCUCGGUUUAAAACCUUAGAGGGUGCACUACGAGAAGCCAGGAUAAAUGAAACCAACACCAGAAAAGAAGUGCAUGAUUGCAAACAACAUUCGAAGAAACUAAGACAUGAAAUCUGCAAACUUAAAGAUGAGUUAGAUGAAAAGACUGUGGAAAAUAACGAACAAAGAGAAGAAAUUAUUCGUCUUAAACAAGAAAGGCAAUACCUCGGAAAUGAGCUCACUUUAGCAGUUGAACGGGAGAAGAGGAAAGAGCAGAUACUGGAACUGGCACGGUCAAAACAGGAGCGAGCGGACACUGAAUUGCAUGGUCUUCGGCAGGAUUGUGUUCCACCCUACCAUUUCUCAAUUAGAUCACCUUUUGAAAUGAAGGGAUUACAAGCCAAGGUGAAUGAAAAGCAACAACAUGACUUGCAGCUUCUGCAUCUAAAUCUUGAAAGUUCUCAGGAGUUGAUCCAAAAGCAAGAGGAGAAAAUUCUGGAAAUUAGUUCAAGUCGACUUCUCUCGGACUCAAUGACACAAAGCAGGGAUGGACAGAAUGAAAUAGAGGGACAAGAAUGCAAAAAUAAUGUGGUUAGGAAAUGGAAAAAGGAGGCCAGCAAAGAUUGCGUGAUGAACCGACACAAAGAAGAAACAACUAAAUCAAUGCAAAACUUCAGUGGUGAAUUAAUUCCAAAUAAUACCAAAGAACAAAGCCAUUUGUUGCUCUCAGAAGUGGGUAAUACUACUAGAAAUUAUUCCUCAACUGAAUGUAUGAAUGCUCAGACUUUCUUUCCUACUAAUUUUGAUCAGACUGCCAAUGGAAAUCUGACAUUCAAGGGCUAUAGUCUACAGACUAAUGUUGAUUCUAAUAAAAAACCUACAAAAUAUGUUCUACCGAAACAAAGCUCCAAAUAUACAACUGCAAAUGAUUGCAUUUCACCUCAGUCAAGAGAUGACAAUUUACAGCAAGUGUCAAAGAAGCAGAAGUGGAGAUUUGAAGGAUCAUCUGAUGUCAAUCCCAUGGAGUGUAUGGAGCAAUAUAAUAAUGUAAAUUAUGCAAACACUGAUCAUCAUAGUCCUCGUUGCAGCAGUUCUUGCAAAGGCAAUUUAACUACCAGUUCAGUAGAUAAUCAUUACACACUUUGUUCAAAGACAAGUGCAACUUCUAUUGUAUCGACGAAAGAAGGAACAAAGACUUCAGAGAAUCAUAAAAUGGAGGACAAGUAUUGUAAUGAACCGAAUGAGCGUAAAACUAAUGAUGAAAGGAUUCAGCCUCAUACAAGGAACGAAACCGACCAGGAGCCUCCAAACUCAGAACAAGACUGGAUGAAAAUUUAUCAGCCGGCCGUUGAUGUAAAGGAUUUGUGGUGGCUGUACCUAAAUGAUGGUUCGGGAUCCUCACAUGGGUUAGACAGUCCUACAAGUAUGGGAAAAAAGAGUGAGGAAAGACUGGAAUUGAACACAUUUAAUUUGGAUUCACCACCACGUUCUGUGAAUUCUUCACCAGUCAGAGAAAGGUCAAAGGGAAAGAGCAGCAUCCAUGGUGACCUAUCUGUGAAUGACUCUGUUUCGCCAGUGAGGUUGAACACUAAUGAGGACAAUGAAAGGGGGUCUUCUAAUAAUACUUACCGAGAUGGCUGUUCACCAACAACUAAACUGCAACGUCUGCUGGCUGAAUCCCGACAGAUGGUUGCUAGCCUGGAGCGCAGCACUCAACUUCCUCUUGGCUUAUCAUCCUGUGCGAGCAGCAAUAAUACCGCAAGGGAUAGUUGUUCGCUCUAAAAUGAGAAAAUCAGUUCAGUACAUUAUACUCCUGUGUGACAAGGUAAAAUGACAGAAAAUUGCAAAGUGGAGUGAAUGCUGUAACAAGAUCCUCAGAUGACAAUGAAAGGAACAUUAAACUGCCAGUAUCCAUGACAAUUACACUUAAUAUUUACCAAUGGACCAGAUUCUGAUGUGUUUUAAGAUGCAGAUAUGAAAAUUGCAAAUAAAUACUUGGAACAAUUGUUAUUGUGUGUAGUUAUAACUACAGUAAUGGUAUUUCAAACUGUAAAUAUUUUGUUUUUUUGUGAACAUCCCAAUCUUCUUCAGAAUACCAAGAGUAUCUGUGUUGAAAUUAAACACAGAAAAUAAUCUUGUUCAAGGUGGUGAUUUUGAGCACGAUCACAACAUUUUUGUGAAGUUUCCUGUUUACAGUGUAGUAAAUGCAGUUUUUUUAUCUUGUUUAUAUAAUCUGAUAAAUUAAGCAGCUGAAAUCUACUGGGAGGAAAUCAAUCUUCAUGAAUUCAUCAAAUCUGUUGAUUAGACUGGCCCACCUAUUCAAAGUUUUUGGUUUUACCAUUAUUACAAAGCAUGUGUGAUAUCUUUGGAAGAAAAGAGAAACUCCAGUGAACCAUUAACAUGCAGAAGGAUUCUCCUGUUCAUUUGUUUUUCUACUGCAUGAGUCUGCUUUGAUGGUAAUUCAUUUGAUAAAGUGCUGUACCUGAUCUCUUACAUUUGUAUUUAUUUUGAAUGCUACCACUAAUCUAUAAAGCUAGUAAGAAUGUGAAUCUUAUUACUAAAGGGGCAGCACAGGGGCUCAGUGGUUAGCACUGCUGCCUCUCAGCGCCAGGGAACCCGGAUUCGAUUCCAGCCUCCGGUGACUGUCUGUGUGGAGUUUGCACACUCUCCCCAUGUCUGCAUGCUGCAGUUUCCUUCCACAGUCCACAGAUGUGCAAUUUGGGUAGAUUGGCCACGCCAGACUGCCCAUAGUGGCCAGGGAUGUGCAGGUGAGGUGGAUUAACAAUUGGAUAUGUAGGGUUACAGGGAUGGGGUGGGUCUAGAUGGGAUGGCUCUUUGAAGGGUUGGUGGGGAUGGCCCAAAUGGCCUGCUUCCAUAUUAUAGGGACUCUGUGAUUCUAGAUAUCAGCAGCAUUGUUCCCUGAAAAGGUUUCCUUUACUAUUUAAGGAAUUUUUUAAAAACAUGAUCACUGUCAGCCCCUGGAUUUUAUUACUGAAACGUAAACAUUGCAAAAUGAACCCUUUUCUGAUAAAUUAUUGAAAGGCUGUUGAGGAAAGACUGAUUCAGAAAGAGAGAACAUUUGAGCCGUUGAUCACAUAGGCUAAUGAAAUAAAGCACCAAAAAAAAGACAUUAUCCACAUACUUGAAUACAAAAUUUCUAUGGAUGCUUGCCAUUAACAUUAAAUUGAAAAUGUGUAUGAUCCAUAGGUAAGGUUUACAAGGUGGUAUAAUUACUGACCCUCUACUUUUUGUUUCCAAGUCUCCUCAAAGUGGCAUGCUCAAGGGCACUUAGAGAUGGACAGACAAUAAGUGCCAGGUAUGCCCACAUCUCUCAAAUGAAAGUUGUGAAUUGCGGCAUGGUUUACAUGCAAACAUAGGAUUAAAAUUAAGCUAUCAAGCUGCUAGAGGCCUGCUCUGCCAUUCACUAAGAUCAUGGCUAAUUGUCUACACGAAGUCCACUGUCCCACCUUAUCCCUUGGUUCUUUUAAUGUUCAAAAUUCAUUUCCGUCUUGAAUAUAUGCAACAACGGAGCAUCCAUAUUUUCAUUCUAGACACUAUCGUCAAAAGAAUAUUGUGUCGACCAGACAGGCAGCAGCAUGUUAAGCAAGCCUGAUUCCUUCUCCACUUGAUAUUCAUAUAUCCGUAUUACAUGUGGAAUCUGCAUAUCAGGAGUGACUUUCUACCUAGAUGCCUCACCCUAGCAUUGAGAUACAUUGUAGUGACUGACCUGCUGCUGUUCUAGUUGGGUUAGAAAAUUAGCAUGUAAUAGGGAUUGGUUGGGUUUGUUCCUGGUCCAUUUAUCUCAGUACCAAUUGAAAUGUUAAUAGCCUUUAAAAGAUGUUUCAAAAAUAUGUACACUUGUUAUUUCAUUUACAUGUAAAUAUUGAAAUACUGACUGUUACAUUCAUUGUAUAAAUUGUAAAACUAUUUGUGUUUAUUUUUAAUGCAAAGAUAGUGCUGGGGUCCCAUAAAUAAUUGAAGUGCACCAUUAGUUUCAUGAAUACAUAAGUAAAUAGUUUCUAUUUGCUUUUGUUGAUUAAUAUGAUUCUUCUUAAAUGUACAGAACUAUGUUUUUCAAAUUGUAAAGAUUUCCUCGCUCCUGCAAUCAUAUGAUGGACCAUUUCAUUCUGAAACAUUAGUGUCAUGAGUAAAUGCAGUAAGUUGACAUUUUUUAAGGAACUAGUCACACAGGUGGUGGAAUAUUUCAUUUUGAAUUUCCAGCCUCAACUAACACUUGGCCUCUGCCUCCAUUGUAAAGUCAAGUGCCAUUGAUUGUCUUGAGAUAGUGGUGUAAUUCACCAUCUGAGAGGAGCAAGGAGAUCAACUGCACCUCGAACAAAACUCCCCACACUUCACCCUCCACCAGUUGUGCCUAAGUUGAGAUUGACACUGCCAGUUGCAACAGCUGGAAUACACUAGAAGUGAGACGGUAAUGGUGGGGAUACAUUCACUUAUUAUGAAGAUAUUUGUAUGCAUGGAACAACAGAAAAAGUAUUAUUAGUGGUUAAUACUAACUUUAAUAAACUCGUUUUUAUAAUUUUUAUCUUUUUAAUACUAUUUUAUUAGGGCUUGGCCAUUACUGAAAAUGUAAAUACAAGUCAAAUAAAUUAAGAUUUAUUUAUAAUUUUAUUAUAAAACUCACAGCAUAUGUUCCAACUGUCAUAUACAAAGACUAGUUUAACCAGGUGAAUUCAUUGACUUAAAGGUUUCUUAAAUUUAUGUAUAUGAAAGUGGCUUGUUUCAAACCAUCCUACUAUUUCUAUUGAAAUG